CUCCAUCUUCCCACCCCCAGAGCCAUCUGCCCAUCCGCCCGUCCAUCCGCCAGCCCGGCCCGCCAUGCGUCCCUCUUCUGCCCUUGCCUCGCUGCUGCUCCUCGCCUCCUCGGCCAUCGUCAACGCCGAGGACGUCCAGUUCAAGCCCACCUCUAUCCGAGCUCCCUUCCUGGAACAGUUCACCGACGACUGGGAGACCCGCUGGGUCGUGUCGGGAGCGAAAAAGGUCGUUGAUGGCGUCGAGGACGACGAGCUCCUCCGGUACCGCGGCGAGUGGGCCGUCGAGGCUCCCUCGGUUUUCCCUGGAAUCGCCGGCGACAAGGGUCUCGUCGUCAAGACCGCGGCCGCUCACCACGCGAUUGCUACCAAGUUCGAGGCCCCCAUCGACCCCGCCGGAAAGCCCUUUGUCCUGCAGUACGAAGUCAAGCUCCAGGACGGUCUCGAGUGCGGUGGUGCCUAUCUCAAGGUCCUCACCUACGACGAGAGCUUCCAGCCCGAUCGCUUCGAUGACAAGUCUCCCUACACCAUCAUGUUUGGUCCCGACAAGUGCGGCUCCACCAACAAGGUCCACUUCAUCUUCAGACAUAAGAACCCUCUCACUGGCGAGUACGAGGAGAAGCACCUCGAGUCCACCCCCAACGCCAAGAUCGACAAAAAGUCCACUCUCUACACUCUCAUCGUCAACCCAGACAACACCUUCGAGAUCCUGACCAACAACGAGUCGGUCACCCGCGGUAACCUCCUCGAGAGCAUGAAGCCCCCCGUCAACCCUCCCAAGGAGAUUGACGAUCCCGAGGACAGCAAGCCUGCCGACUGGGUCGACGAGGCCAAGAUUGCUGAUCCCGAAGCCAAGAAGCCCGAUGACUGGGAUGAGGAUGCCCCCAUCGAGAUCCCUGACGAGGAUGCCUCCAAGCCCGAAGACUGGCUCGACAAUGAGCCCUUGAUCGUCCCCGACCCCGAGGCUGCCAAGCCUGAAGACUGGGAUGAUGAGGAGGAUGGCGAGUGGGUCGCUCCUUCUGUCCCCAACCCCAAGUGCGAGGCUGCCUCUGGAUGCGGCGAGUGGAAGCGUCCCAACAAGAGAAACCCCGACUACAAGGGCAAGUGGUCUGCUCCUCUCAUCGAUAACCCCGCCUACAAGGGCGUCUGGGCUCCUCGCAAGAUCUCCAACCCUGGAUUCUACGAGGAUCUCCAUCCCGCCAACCUAAACAAGCUCGGCGGUCUCGGCUUUGAGCUGUGGACCAUGCAGGGCAACAUCCUCUUCGACAACAUCUACAUCGGAAGCUCCCCCGAGGACGCCAUGCGGCUCGCUGAGGAGACCUGGGCUGUCAAGUACAAGAUUGAAGAUGAGGCCGAGCAGGCUGCCGCCCCCAAGCUGCCGGAAGCUGCUGAUGCCAAGCCCGCUGCCGAGGGUGUCUGGGGCAAGCUGGAUGAGGUCAAGGAGCACCUGUCGUUCGUCAAGGACUCUGUUCACCGCGAGGUCACCAAGUUCGUUGAGCGUGCCAAGGAGAGCCCCGUCGAUGCCCUCAAGGAGCUCCCCCAUGUUGCCGGCGGUCUCAUCAUGGCUGUGCUGAUUCCCGUCCUGUUCCUCGGCACCUUCCUUGGUGACUCGGAGCCCAAGAAGACCAAGGCCUCCAAGCCCAAGAAGGCCGAGUCGACAAAGCCCGAGAAGAAGGAGAAGAAGCAGGAGAAGAAGCAAGAGAAGAAGCAGGAGGAGGACGAGAACGAUGAGGAUGACGAAUAAGCGUGUAUACUUUCCGUAGAUCUAUACAGGAGGGCCUCUGCGGUAUCGCGUCGCUCCUCUCUCCCCUCGCCUCCCUUUCACUCUUCAGUACCAUCUAUCACACUUUCUCGCCGCCUCUCUGUCUCUGGUUGAGCGAGAGCCGCUCAUCAUUUGAAAUAUAGUUCUUUCAAAAGAAA